AUGAGAAUCUCAGCAAGGGGCAGAGAGACUGCCAUGGCGAGACAGGCGUGGCGAAAGAUGAAAGGUGAGUAAUUAGUCUCCAUUUAUACUUAAAGGGAGGCCUCUCUGUAAAUAUGCAGGAGGGAACUCUUUACAGUAAAAAUAAAUAUUGGUAUUUUGUUAACAACAAAAACGUGUUAUCACUGCCUGCUAUAUUCAUCUCAUAGUGUUUCAAUGCCCUCCAUAUUAGUGUGCAGUCCUGUGCUGCCCCGUCGAGGCUAAUUAGGUGCUAAUGUGUGUGAUUGCUAUGUACUUGUUAGAAAGUUAUGGUUAAGCCAGACAUGACCUGUUUCCAGGAAAGGUUCAGCCCCUUAGCUGAAGUUGUGGUGGUGGAGUGGUCAGUACUCUCCCUACUGUCUUCAAUUCUUACACUCUGCUUUUUUAUACAGGUGCUUACAGAGUUAUAUCCCACCGCAAAGCUUGACCCUCUCCUGUCCCGUGUGCCGCCAGACUUCAAUUCUACCAGAACGAGGGGUUUCUGCUCUGCAAAAUAACUUCUUUAUCACAAACUUGAUGGAGGUCUUACAGCGUAGCCCUGAAAGUGGACACCAGGAGCAAAGUGUCCUACAGAGUGAAGGCCACCCGUCUGGAACUCCCUUAUCCUGCCCCAACCACCAGGGAAAGGUAGUGUUACAUUCUCCCUCCCCAUUGCAAUUUAUAUUAACUGCUUCCUCCACCAUCAUGUUUGAUUUAGGUUUUGACUAUAUUACCUAAAUUUGACAUGUUGGCAUUUUAGAAAUGAUAAAUAAUAAUUGUUGUAAAGUAAUUUUCUUAUUAGAUUAUGGCUCAUUUUCUGUACCAGCCUGGCUCUCAUUAGCAGAGAUCAGUUAUUCACACCAGCACAGUGCACAGUCUCCCCUUCUGAGUGUGCACCCACACAGUCUCAUACAUUUGUGUCCAUAUUUUCACAGACUAUGGAAUAUUACUGCGGAUCAUGUGAAACUGCAAUGUGCGUCGAGUGUACAGAGGGAGAGCACAGGGAGCAUUGCACUGUUCCCCUUGGGGAUGUUCUAGAGCAACAUAAAGCAUCACUUCGAAGUCAGUUGGAGAGUAUUAAAUCAAGGUAAGUUGGAGAAAUGUACUCUUAGUGUACUUUGUGGGAGAGAGAACAAUGUUUUUAUACUCGGGUGUUUUAUUUCUCCAGAAUCCCUCAGCUGACCUCUGCCAUUGACCUUGUGAGUGAGAUCAGCCGACAGUUAAGUGAGAGGAAGAGUGCGGCAGUCAAUGAGAUUUGCUCAACCUUCGAAGAGCUGGAGCGAGCUCUGCAGCAUCGAAAGAGUUCCUUACUGCAAGAUCUAGAGGCCAUCUGUGUCUCCAAGCAGAAGGUGGGACUACGGAGUCCAACAGGAGGUCAUGCAUCCUGCGACUGAUUUCAAUGUCCACCAGCAGCCUUUCAGCACCCACCCCUGUGCCCAAUUAUCUGACGGCAGCUUUUCAGCACCGACCCCUGUGCCCAAUUAUCUGUCUGCAGCCUUUCAGCACCCACCCCUAUGCCCAAUUAUCUGUCUGCAGCCUUUCAUCACCCACCCCUGUGCCCAAUUAUCUGAUGGCAGCUUUUCAGCACCCACCCCUGUGCCGAAUUAUCUGACGGCAUCUUUUCAGCACCCACCCCUGUGCCCAGUUAUCUGUCUGCAGCCUUUCAGCACCCACCCCUGUGCCCAAUUAUUGGUCUGCAGCCUUUCAGCACCCACCCCUGUGCUCAAUUAUCUGUCUGCAGCCUUUCAGCACCCACCCCUGUGCCCAAUUAUCUGUAUUCUUUGAACCUGGUCCCUAUAAAAAGAUCCAGAUGUUUGUUCUCCAGGACAACUGUUGUGAAAUAGUCACUUUUUUAGGUUUAUUACAGUUAAUGAAAAUGUAAUGUUAUUUGUUAAAUUAUGUAUAUUGAUUUUAUUUAAAAAGGAAAAAUAUUUUUUCUCAUGUGGCAGAGCAGCCAUGUUAAGUCAGACUCUGCUGUUAUCAUUAGCUGCACUUGAUCUUGGCUAUCAGAAAUUAGGUCACCAUUAGCGUGAUUGAACCCGAAUGUUAAAUCACUGUGAUUUAAAGGGCUGUAUGCAGCGCUCCUUUGAGUGAGCCCCAUACGUCACGUGAGACCUGUGAUUUCCAGUUAUCAGCAGGGAAAAGGUCCCUGAUGGUAAAAAUCUGCAUGACAGAAUUAUUACGUCAGAGAAGGACAUAUAUGAUGGCAUACUUCAAUUGCUGGUCAUUCAAGGGUUAAAACGUGAGAAGUGAAAAUUUGAUGACAUUUGUCAUUUAAAAUGGCUUUAAAGGAACACUAGUCAAAAUGAAAAUUACAGCUUAAUGUUGUUGUUUGGUGUGUUGUGGAACUCCAAAACCCCGACUAGGUAUCUCCGCUGAGUCUUCAAAGCUGUAGGAAGUGCUGCUGUGAUUAUAACCUUCACAAAAUAACCCAAAAACAUAUCCAAAAUAUAUAGGAACACCACAAAUUGCGUAGUUGACAGAGAGCUACCUGCGUUCGGGACCAAAAUGGGUUGCCAUUCUCUAGUGCACAUGUGUUUGUAUAAAAAUGGCGGCCACCCAGGGAAAGCACUUGAGCUAAUUGCGCGUUUGCGGUUAACAGCCAGGGGUGGUCUGUGUUCGAGGGAGCAUAAAAAGGGGGAGAGGUGCACACUGUAUGUGUAGUAUCUGCGUAAUGCUUUCCUUUGGGAAAGCACUGGAUUGGCUGAGAUAAUAAAGUUUGAUCUCCGCCAAGGAGGUGGUGCGGGGCCUAUUGUGACAAGUCUCACACAGUGCUGGAAGAAACUUGAGUAAACUUGUAAAAUUUUACACUUCUGAUGGGUGGGCCGGGGGCUUAAAUAUUGCUGUUAGAAAUAGUGUCAGCAAUACAUGUUUGUAUUCCUGACACUAUAGUGUUCCUUUAAAUUUGUCCUAAUGUCAAAAUCUGAAGUUAGUGCUUGUAAUAAUGUACGCUAAAUUUAAAGGUUAUUGCUGAAUCAGUCAUUAAGAAAGAUUGACAGUUUUCUUAGUGUGCAUAAAUAGCUUCUUUUAAUUUGUAACACUGUCCAUUGUUUGUGCCAAAUAUCACACUGAGCAAAUGUCAGAAUCGUGAUGCUUUGUAAUGCUUUGUUUUUUUUCGCUUGAACAUCACUAGUAAAGCCAUAAUAUAUGAUAGCCACACUAACCAUAACACCACAUGUCGUCCCUGUCUUCCUGAAGGUCUUGCAGGCUCAGCUAACAUCACUACGACAGGGCCUGGAUAACAUGGAUAGCAGUGUACGUUUCACAGAACAAGCACUUGGCCAUGGCUCAGAGACUGAGGUCUUAUUGGUUAGGAAGCAGAUGAGCGAGCGUCUUAGCGAGUUAGGCUCCCGAGAAUUUCCACUGCAUCCACAACAAAACCCACAACUAGAGUUCCGAGUUGAAACGGAUGGACUUCGUCGAUCCUUGCAGAAUCUAGGUGCCCUCCUUACCACCAGUGCCGUGGCCCAUGCUUCAGUAGCCACAGGGGAGGGUCUGCGCCAAGCUCUUGUUGGACACCAAACCUCUGUCACAGUCACUACUAAAGACAAGGAUGGAGAACUGGUUCGAAGUGGCAAUGCCAGCCUGCAGGCCCAGCUAACUGGCCCUGAUGGAGGAGCACAAGAGGGAGAGGUGACUGAUAAUAAGAAUGGCACAUAUGAGGUACUGUACACUCUGCGUCAAGAGGGAGAGCACUUUCUUUCUUUGCGCUUAUAUGGCCAACCUUUGCGAGGGAGCCCCUACAAAGUGCGGGCUGUAAAACCUGGAGAUGUACCGGCUUCACCUGAGGAUGUAAAACGGAGAGUUAAAUCUCCAAGUGGUGGACAUAUACGGCAAAAGGCUGUGAGGCGGCCAUCUAGUAUGUACAGCACAAACAAGAAGAAAGAAAACCCCAUAGAGGAUGAGAUGAUCCUGAGAGUGGGUGAGCGGACUGGGAAGGGUGGCAAAGUGUGCCUGGAGUGUGAGCAAACAUGCCGGGCGAAUGAAGUAUUGAAAGGCAGGCGGGAUGUGUGCUGGGGAAUGAAGGUAUUGGAGAGCCUCCAAUGGAAUGAAGUAUUGAAAGGCAGGCGGGAUGUGUGCCGGGGAAUGAAGGUAUUGGAGAGCCUCCAAUGGAAUGAAGUAUUGAAAGGCAGGCGGGAUGUGUGCCGGGGAAUGAUGGUAUUGGAGAGCCUCCAAAGGAAUGAAGUAUUGAAAGGCAGGCGGGAUGUGUGCUGGGGAUUGAAGGUAUUGGAAGGCCUCCCAUGGAAUGAAGUAUUGAAAGGCAGGCGGGAUAAUGAAGUAUUGGAAGGCAGGCGGGAUAAUGAAGUAUUGGAAGGCAGGCGGGAUAAUGAAGUAUUGGAAGGCAGGCGGGAUAAUGAAGUAUUGGAAGGCAGGCGGGAUAAUGAAGUAUUGGAAGGCAGCCGAGGUGUGUUGGAGUAUGUACAGCUGAGAAUGUGAAUGAUAAAUACAUGAUAUAGCAGCUUUACGUACCUUACUAUGCACUUCAGCUAUUCUUUUCUUACUAUUAGGGGCUCGAGGUCGGGACAAAGGAGAAUUUUCCAAUUUACAGGGAAUUUCAGCUUCUGGAAGCAAUCGUAUCGUGGUGGCUGAUAGCAACAACCAGUGCAUACAGGUAGUGACUUAAUGAAUUGGAUAUUAUUCCAUUAUCUCCAAUUAAAUCCCUCUCUUUUCACCUUCCUUCCCUGUUAUUUUGUUCCCACGUCUUUACUUCUUACUGCACCCUCAUCCCCCAUAUUUUUAUUUUCCAUUCCCCCGUUUUUUCCAUACCCUUGUUACUGUGUCCAGUCUUUUUUUUUUUUUUUCCUCACUACACCUUUUCAUCCUUCCUUGUCCUGUGCAGGUAUUCUCCAACGAGGGACUGUUUAAACUGCGUUUUGGGGUUCGUGGCAGGUCCCCUGGACAGUUGCAGCGCCCAACGGGAGUAACGGUGGAUAUGAAUGGUGACAUUAUUGUGGCAGAUUAUGACAACCGUUGGGUCAGCAUCUUCUCACCUGAGGGAAAGUUUAAGGUAGGUAGUGAUUUGUGAAUCCAUUGUUUAUACUGUGAAUCCUUUUUGAACUUUUCUGCAGUUUACACAAUAUCUCCUAUAACGUGUGCUGAAGGAACCCUAGAACAUUAGGAAUUCAAACAUACAACACAAUGGUAUCCACCUUAUUCAUUGGGGUUUCCCCCAGGGAAGGAGUACAUACAUAGAAGUGGAUUCUAGGAAGUGCUUUUCAUCUAUUAAUCUCUGUACAGGAUAUUCUGCUGCAUGUUUGUACUUCUGGGAAAUAGCUGAGCUGAGCUGGCUGUGAGAUUCUCUGUGAAGGUCCCUGAGAGUGAACCCACUGCAAUCGGAGUGUAUCCGUGAUUGGAGCACAUACGUAGGGCCAAGGUUGGACUGUGAUUAGUGGGCAUUCUACUUACCUUUUACCUCUCUUUCCGUAUAUAUUAGGGAUCGACCGAUAUUGAUAUUUUUUUAGAGCCGAUACAGAUAAUCUGUACAUUUACCGUUACUGUUAACUGAACAUGUUUAUUAUUUAAUUAUUUCUUUUUUUAAGUGGUAAAUGCAGAAAAUAUACAUGCGAGACAGAAUUUUUUUAAGUUUUCAAGAAUAUAUAUUUGUGUGUGUGUAGUGGAUGCAGUGUGUGUGUGUGUGUGUGUAAAUAUGUGGGGUUAGGAAUCUGGAAUUUAUUUUUAUAAGUUAAAAUUAUUUUAUAGAAUUAUUAUGAAAUUGUUUACAAAUUAAGAUAAAAAAAUUUUUUAUUCCUUCUCCCUGGACACUUAUUUUCACUGACAGACAUACUGACACAUUCAUAGAUGCAAACGAACACGCAAAUAUAUACUGACAGACAUAUUAACCAACACACACUGACAGACAUACUGACAGACCCACACAGACUCACACAUAUACACUGACAGACAUACUGACACAUUCAUAGAUGCAUACGAACACACAUAUUGACCAACACACACACUGACAGACAUACUGAUACACAUACUGACAGACCUACACAGACUCACACAGAUACACUGACAGACAUAUUGACACAUUCAUAGAUGCAUACGAACACACAAAUAUAUGCUGAGACAUAUUGACCGAUACACAUACUGACAGACAUACUGAUACACACACACAUACUGACAGACCUACACAGACUCACACAGAUAUACUGACACACACUGAUGCAUACGAACACACAAAUAUAUACUGACAGACAUAUUGACGGACACACACUGACAGACAUACUAAUACACACAGAUAUACUGACACCUCCACUGUGGAUGGCCGGAGCAUUUACACGGGAUCAGUGUGCAGGGUCCUUUGUUUAUUUUUGACACACUGACACACACACACCCACACUGCGCAACACACAAGCAAAAUUUACACUUUUAAACCCACCUCCCAUGUCCUACAUUGCAGGGUGACUUCCUUGGUGUCCAGAGUGGUGGCUGAGGCUGUUGAGAGUUAGGAACCGGCUCUACCGGCCAAUCCUGCUCCUCUCUGCCUCCUUGAUGUCUCCCACGUGGCUGUAUGUUCACUGUGGGAGGAAGUGACUCGUGGCUGUCACUACCUCCCAGCCGGCUGCCGAAAAGCAAGGGACGCGGUCACGCUAUUAAAGGGCCACAGAACUUGUCCAGGCUCUGCUUACAAAUGCCCACCAGGUGGGCUUCCUUAGUGUGCGGGCCCCCACUGUCUGCAAUAUCGGUAUCUUCAUGGGCCGAUACAAAUAUUGCUGAAAAUGCGGAAUAUUGGCCAGACCAAUAAUCGUUCAAUCCCUAGUAUGUAUAUUUAUACUUCCAGCCUGAACUAUUAGGUUUUGUCUAUUGGGAAUACAUUCAUUAUAUGACGUUUUUGAGUAUUCUCUUAUUUUGGUUUUCACAGUAUACAGUUUCCUUUUUUUUUUUAGUUGUUUUUGACCCACUGGAGGUACUUGUGAGAUGGAAUUAAUUACAGUAAUUCCUAGCAGCAGUGUGAGGCCAGCUUUCAUUGUCACCCUUUGUUUCUGCAUUAACAUGAGCAGCAUGAAGGUGUUUGGGUCACUAAUUCUUAGAAAACAAGAGACUUCUGGCACUUUAACAACUUCAAUGUGAUGAAGUGGUUACAGUGCUUAGUGUCCUUUUAAUCUUACCCGUUCACUUCUGGUCCGUAUUGUUCUUGUUCCCUGAUCUCCUAUCCUCGGCAGCAAUAUGCCCUAAUACCUGCUCUUCUCGCUCUGAUAACACUGGAAAGUAUGCCAACAGGAUGUUUAGUGGUUACAUUUGUUAUGGGCUUUCCAUGCGGGCCUCCUAGCUUUAGUAAAGUAUUUCCCUAGGUUAGCUGUGGACCAAGCUGGUCAUCUGGGAUAGGGGCUAGAUCUCCACAAAAAACAGGUAGGAAGAAUGGCCUGGCUGUCGCUGACCAAAAUAUCUCUUUACUAUUUUUUUACCCUAUUUGAUAGAACAAAGUGGGAGUUGGGCGUCUCAUGGGCCCUAAAGGAGUGGCUGUGGACCGGAACGGGCAUCUCAUAGUGGUGGAUAACAAGUCCUGCUGCAUCUUCAUCUUCCAGUCUAACGGCAAACUUGUGGGCAGGUUUGGAGGUCGUGGCCCUGGUGACAAGCAGCAGCCAGGAAGCCUGGACGGUAAGGAAAUUACCUGGUCCUAAGAGGAUGAGUGCGGAUGUUCUAGACCAGCAGUAGGGAUCAUUCGGUACUCCAGUUGUUGUGGCUUCCAUUUACUAUAAUCCUCCUACAGCCAUCAUGCUGGAAAAGCAUCAGUGGAGAUGUAAUCCACAACAUAUGGAGUGCCAAAGGUUCCCUACUGCUAGAUUAGGGUGUGAAGUGGACCGAAUGCAACAAUACAUUUCCUGAAUACUCAGCAUGCUGGUGGCCUGCUGAUUUUUGUCUGGAGUGUGGAUCUGGCAAUGGUUUCUGAACUGUGCGUUGGGCAGUUUGGGAAGUAUGGGAAUGUGGGUUGGAACUGGUAGAGUGGUAAUUUUGGAAGUAUGUUUCUGCUUUUUCACAGGGCCACAUUUUGUUGCAGUUAAUAACAAAAAUGAAAUUGUAGUGACAGAUUUUCACAACCACUCGGUCAAGGUAAGUUCUAAAGCUUGCUUGUACAGUUUCACAGCUGAUCCAUGCUCUCCAAUUUAUCACUUGAAUGUGUUUGUAUAAUCCAUGAGUACUCGCAAUCUCUAAAUGUCAUAUACAGAGUUUAUGCUAGCGCUGUGUUCCCCCAAAGUUGCACAGACGUUAGUCCAUGUGGUCACAGAGCCUUGUUUGUUCGUGGUAAACAGAAUUGCUUUGUGUUGGGAACAGGAGGAGGAAAACAUUUCUAGAAACUGGACUGCUUACAGAAAGUAUACCAAGCAAGAUAGGUUUUAUUACUAGAAGGUUUAAAGGCCAUCUUCAAGUUGGAGGUAACUCCUAUAAUGUGGAGUGUAAUUGUAAAAUUUGUAUGUUAAUCUCUGGACAUGACAUAAUUAGCCUAGGUCUCCCCACCCCAUUCUAAUCAGUCACGUUACAAGGGGAGAUUUGUAGUCUACUGUAAGACUGGACAUUUUCAGCAUUCAGUUUCAGUAGUCCCCAGAUCAGAAAGUAGCUGGGCCAGUUAGGAGCCUCUAGUCUAGUUCAUGAAGACAAAAUAAUUGGCCACGUUUAACCUUGCAUUGCAAGGGUUAAGGCUGCGUUCAAAGUGUGACAUUGCAAGCCUACAUGCAGCCAAAGCUUUAAUCUGUGUUUCAUUUUUCUAUUAAAAAAGAUUGCAGAUCCCAAACUGCCCAUGUGCACAAUGUUUGUAGGGAGGUUAGGUCAUAUUUUAAACUUCUUCCUCUCUGCUACCAGGGACCCUGGAGUUCUUCAUUCACCAAUGCUUGAUUUCCUGUAGAACAGAGACUAUAGCCUUUCCCCCACACAUUAGAUGAGUCUGAAUGAUCUUUAUUGCAAGCACCCAGCUUUUUAUACAGAACAGUGUUACCUCUGCCUGCAGGAGGCCCUCCAUACAAAGCAAUGGACAGUAACAUUGUCCCUCCCCAGCUCCACUCUGUCUGGGGACUUUAUUACUUUAUCCCCAGCUUCACAAUCCUAGAGGCACAGCACACAAAAUGUCAGUCAGAACCCCCUCUCAGUGCACCAUACUCAGAUGCAAUAUAUAUCCCUGGAAAUCUCAUCAUCGAGCGCCCUGAUCGGAGAAUCUGCACCCAAGUUACAGCGUGUUAAAGUUUUACCGGAAAGUGGCGAGUCUCUGAGUUCCAAGCGUGCAGCAGUUGCUUACUCCUAGUCUCCAAAAUGGGCUUCUGGAAUGUGACGAAGUGCCCUUCGCCACUUGUGCCUGGAGAGGACUUCUUGCCCGCCUCUUGCCCUGUGACUAUGGACCCUGGGAGAUUUGGCCCGUUCAAUUCAGUAUGAUAGGAGUUAUGUAUUUUUAUAUCCUUUUGUGUUUUACCUGGAACAUGUGCUCAAUGGAGUCUGCUUCUAUCCCUGGAUAAUUGGAUUACUUUCCCCAUUUUCUCCAGGCUAGAGGGCCCUGUAAAACCAGUUUGGGCCAGAUAGCCAUGCUGCCAGCCAGGCCCCAAAAGAUACUUUACUAACCUCUGAACCCAUGGUCUGAUUCAUGCCAUUUUUUGAUAUGUUGUUUCCCUGAAUGGAUUGAUUGGGAAUAUAUAAUUUUUAUGUGAAUGUGAUGUAUAUUUUAGAAGUUAUGAAUGCUGUAAAAACUGUAUUAUUUCUGGCCAGCAGAUAAUUGAGCUUUGUGUAUUGUAGAAAACUCCAUUAUCUAGCCUGGCCCAGAGGAGGAGUUUUGUGUUGCAUAAAUUGUGAGUUCUGUGUGCCAGUAAAUCAGUCUUGUUCCAGCAUUAAGCCUUGGCUCAUGUUUGGGGGAUUGGAGGAAUACACUCUGGGGAUUGCUAUAAUAACUAUACUCCCCAGGGUAUGAUCACUAAGUUCUGCUAAGAGCUUGUUCCUGUUCCUGCUCUCUGGGGAAAGAGAGGUUCACCCACUGGAAGCUGGAUCCUGGCCUUGGGUCCAGGGUGGGUGGAGACAGCAGAGACCCCGGCGCAGUUGCAUCGCUGGAAGUGGGGUCUGCAGUGCUGAUGGUGUCGGUUGGAGUGCUUGGAGUCCUCAGCGAGCACUAGGAGCAUCGAUUGGCGGAGGUACUCAGUCGGAGUGCCAGCGUUCCGUCACAUUUGGUGGCAGCGGCGGGAUGGCGUCCUAGUGCGAGGACCAGCAGCUCGGAGACACCGGUAACGUGUGGAGUUACGGAUUUAUAAUUGAGGGCAACGCUAGCACUUGUGCAGCGACCCUGGCUUCAGAGGAACUCAAGGGAUAGAGCUAGCUACGGGCAGCGUCCCUAUCCACAGCAACAUGGAAGAGGAGUUUCGCUGGAGGUUGCAGCAGCACUUGGCCCAACAGGACGGGCCUGUAUCAAAGGAGUGCAUACUGGACUGGAGAGAUGUGACACGAUGCCCUGGAAAAGGUACAACGGCGGCGGGGAGAGAGCCUUACCAGUGACGAGCAGCGGUUCCAGGUACUCGAGGCCCUGCGCUCCCCUUCCUUGGGGAGCAACCCUUGGAUGAAUGGUUGUUGGAACUCUGGGAUUUAAUUUAGGAGUUGUGGCUAGAUGCAGCUUACCGGGCAUUAAAGUGGUACGCCACCCAGCGCAACCCCUCGAUGACUAACCACUAUCUGCCCGAGGGAGAGGAUUAUAAUGGCCCGGGCUAUGAGGAGGGCGAUGACUUUGGGAGGCCUAUGAGGAGGGCGAUGACUUUGGAUGCCCCACAGAGUUUCGGUUCUGGGACAUCCACAACAUCAGGGAAACCCUGCUGGAUCUUCCCCGAGCGGACGACCUGGGGCCAGACCUGAGUCAUCUGGUCUCAAUGGAGUGGGGGUUGGAGCAUUAUGUGAAUGUGAUGUAUAUUUUAGAAGUUAUGAAUGCUGUAAAAACUGUAUUAUUUCUGGCCAGCAGAUAAUUGAGCUUUGUGUUCUGUAGAAAACUCCAUUAUCUAGCCUGGCCCAGAGGAGGAGUUUUGUGUUGCAUAAAUUGUGAGUUCUGUGUGCCAGUAAAUCAGUCUUGUUCCAGCAUUAAGCCUUGGCUCAUGUUUGGGGGAUUGGAGAAAUACAGUCUGGGGAUUGCUAUAAUAACUAUACUCCCCAGGGUAUGAUCACUAAGUUCUGCUAAGAGCUUGUUCCUGUUCCUGCUCUCUGGGGAAAGAGAGGUUCACCCACUGGAAGCUGGAUCCUGGCCUUGGGUCCAGGGUGGGUGGAGACAGCAGAGACCCCGGCGCAGUUGCAUUGCUGGAAGUGGGGUCUGCAGUGCUGAUGGUGUCGGUUGGAGUGCUUGGAGUCCUCAGUGAGCACUAGGAGCAUCGAUUGGCGGAGGUACUCAGUCGGAGUGCCAGCGUUCCAUCACAUGGAACAUGUCACACAAGCAGUCCUCCCCAUAGAAAGAAUUCAUGAAUAGUUUCAAAAAAAGUGCCUCUAUUUCUCCGUCAAAGAGUGGAACAUGGGGAGAUAAAAUUAAACUAAAAUGAACAAUAGUUUUGCAGCUAUAAUUUUAUAUCCUUUCCUCAGAACAGGGAUUUCUGGGACUUGUAGUAGAAAACUUUGCUUUGACUUAUUCAGCUGUUUAUUGGGCAGAAUAAAAAUCAAGAGAGAGAGAGUAAGUGCUUAACAACAAGGUGAGGCAGCAACCCUAUAAUGGAAUCCCUCAAAAACCCUUAAAGUACAACAAGAAUAAAAACAGAUAAGGGCUGCGCCAAAGGUAUGUUCAACACUCCAAGAGAAUAAUAAAGAGACGACCAAUAGUGCUCUCUGGGUAAAACAGUAAUAAAUAAAAUAUAUAAAAUGGUACUCACAAGAAUGGAGCAGACAAACUGCUCCUUGAUGAUAGCUGUAGCAAACUCAUCCCUUUAAGAGAGUUUGCCAUGAGCUUUUGGAGGGGCUUGCUUGCCCGCCUCCUGCCAUGUGACUAUGGCCCUGGGGGUAUUUCCCUUUAAAGACAGUAUUUGGGCAUGAUGGAUUUUUAUUAUGCGGCUAUUGGCCCUUUAAGCACAGUGUAUGGACUUCUACUAGACUGUGUAUAGAUUGUGUAUAGCAAGGUGUACCCCUCCCUCGUUUCCUGUCCCAUUGUUCUCCAGCAGGGCGUUGUCCCAGGCACACUGCCAGACUACUUGGAACUGGUUUGGGCUGGAAAGCCAUGCUUCAGUGGACCUAAAGGGACCUCCACAAAACUUUAAACCCCCAUAACUCCUGAACCCCUGGUCCGACCUGGGUGAUAUUUGGAUAUGUUAUUCACCCAGAUCAGGUCUAUCAGGGGAUACCAUAUGUAUUUGGGGUACAUCUAGAACUUGGGGAAAAUAUGUACAUUUUAAUUCUGUUAACUGAUAAGCUGAUGGGAGGAGAUGUGUGGGUUGUACCUUGUACUUUAUUGGUUAAUGUACUAAUUAUUGUGGGUGGCUCCCUUGCAUGGGAGCAUUGCAUAAAAGCAGGGGUUGUGUGAUUAAAAGUUAGUUCAGUUCUGCUCCUGGUACUGUGUGUCGUCCAGUUAUUGGGAAAGGUGAUGGGAUACUAUUGGAUUUUACUGUGGUUGUGCUUGUUAUGCUGCUGGAUUAUUCUCUCACUGUGGGUACUGUGUCUGGGAUUAUUGCUUGUUCCUGAGCCACACCUGGACUACCAGCGGAAACAGUCUGUGAGAGACCAGCGUUGGUGGUUUGAUCCCCACCUAGGAUUACUUGGAGUCCAGAAUGAUAAAAAUGCCAGGUAAAAAAGUACAAAGUGUAUAAAAGAUGAUUGGCACAAUAAAAGGUGACCAAAAAAUCUUUAAUAAAAUACACAGUAUAAAAUAUCCACAAACGCGUUUCGCCUGCAAGGCUUCUUCAAUAUGGAAUGAUUAUUGUUUAUUGGGCAGAGAGUGGACAGAGUGUUGUGACAUCACAUUGGAGAUUGCUGGAAAAAGACUUGUUUGGGUAUUUUCUUCCUUUCAAAACUUUACUAAACAGGAAUCAAAAAACACAGUUUAUUAGGCCAAACACUCCAGAAUGAGUGAUCCUUUAAUACAGUACUGGCAUUAACCAUCCCAGGCAUCCCAUUAAACUGAAACCCUACAACCAGCACCAAGUCUUAUCACAAGGUGCUGUAUCACGCAAUGUACAAAAUGAGUGAUCCUUUAAUACAGUGUAACGGCUACCCAGUUAGUAAGAGGGUAUCAGCCGUUUGAGACAUCCUUUUUGCCCGGCAAGUCGCUGUGUAGUGGUGGAGUUGCUUAUUCCCAUUCACUGGAUCCAAGGAAAGAGUCAGGCAGAGCUCUUAAGAGCUAGGUGAUUAAGCUGCAUAUCCCCUUUCAAGAACGAGAAAAGGCUACAUUUUGAAGGGUCAAGAAGAACUGAAUUUUAAUGGCAGAUACUCUCCUUUUAUGUGAUGCUGCCCAUGCAAGGAGACACCCACAUAAUUAACACAGCAACCAAUAAAACAUAAGGUACAUCCCACACAUCUCCUCCCCUCAGAUAAGCCUGUAACACAAUUAACAAAGUUAAAUUUUUCCCCAAGUUUUGGAUGUACCCAAAAUAUCUGGGGAAACAACAUAUUUAAAAAUCAUCUCAUUCGGUUCAGGGGUUCGGGAGAUAUGGCACUUUAAAGUUUUGACCGACCGCACAGGCACAAGUGCCAAAAACAGUUCCAUAAGUUUUGGCCUUGCGGUCGGUCCUUGUUCGUGGGUAAAAAAGUCCCGAAAGGCAUGGCAUCCGUGAGUAUCUUGAUGUUCGAUAGAAUCCAUGUGUUACGUAGUCUUUCUACCGAACGGCAGGGCGUUCGGUAGUUUUGGCACAGAUUUCUGGUAGUCUGGAGGUUUCAGCGUUGUUCGCCUACUCGAAUGUUCGAUUUUAGUUCCAGACACUCGACGGCAAAACACCGCUGUACGGGAGUCAAGAUGGCCGCGGCCACGUGUAAAAAGUACCGAAAUGGUGGCCAACCAGGGACUUCAAUAAAGCGGUUGUGUGUUUACAAUUACAUGGAUUCGCCGAUCAGGGAGGUAAAUUGCAGCACAAUUAUGUAUCGGGGGGUCCAGUGUUCGGUAGUUUGCAUUCGUAUGAUGAAUGCAGUGUUCCUACAGUGUUAGGUGCCCCAAUUGCACGAAUGCUUUAAAAGUCCCGAAAAGCUUUGUAGAUAAUCCUCCCGAAAGUAACUAAAAACCUCCAGCUUGUAAGCAGCUUGAUGUCCUUUACUGAAGAAAAAUAUAUAACCUUUUAAUCCGAGGUCUCUCUUCCCGUGUAUGUCCCUGGCUAGUUCUUAAAGGGCCGGUGACAGGAACAUUCCCAGGCACAUGGCAGGGUUUUGUUACAUACAGUACUGGCAGUAACCAUCCCAGGCAUCCCAUUAAACUGAAACCCUACAACCAGCACCAAGUCUUAUCACACGGUGCUGUAUCACGCAAUGUACAAAAUUAGUGAAGAUUUGUGAUCCAGUAUGUAGCGGAGUAGCAAGGGUUAAUGCACGAUAUCUCCGCUGGUAGUCAGGAUUCAGCAUACAGGAUACAGGUAGCGCAGUAUAAUCCCUUUUCCCCAAUGACUUGAUGACAAAUAGUCUGGGAGUCAACGGAGGGCUUUAUUUAAAACUCACCAAAUUUAUACUGUGCCCCUUGCAAGGGGUUUCCAGACUGGGACAGCUGGGGCUUUAAUCAGAUGGACUGUGUGGGAAACUGACCAUGCAAGGUCGUUUCCCAGCAUCCCCUGCUGCACAAGGACAAAGAUGACCUUAUCAGGCACAUAUAAUUGCAUUAACAGUAGGUACAGUAAAAUGUAAUUUACAUUAAAAUCUAUAACUUAAGCAAUUUCCAACAGAUUUUCCCUCAUUAGAUUGCAGGGAUCUGAAUGUACAAUCUCACGAAUUACCGCUCAGAUCCCUGCCGAAAUAGCCGAACGAAGAAAACCGUUUUUAGUGAACCAGGUCUGGAAAGGGAGAACACAUGAAAUGCUUUAAUUCCCUGAAAGAGCGAGUUUCCCGAACGCUAUGGAAGUCCAGCGGUGUUUGGAAAUCAAGUAGCCAAUUUUAGUUACAGGCACUCGACGACCAAACACCGCUCAACUCUUAGCGAACAAAGAUGGCCGCCGCCACGUGUUUGGUACAUGAACGGCGGCCACACAUACGAAACCACUUAACAGCUUGAAACAAUGUUGCAACUGGGCUAUUGAGACACACGACCUCUCCGGGGUGGUCUCUCAUUCGGUAUUAGUUUCCCGAAUAGUGUUGCAGAUUACUGUUUGAGAAAUGGGUGCUGUAUCCCCAUAGACUAGUGAUAGGGGAUAUGGCCAUUUAAAGUCCCGAACACAGUCUCUUGCAGGAAAGUCCAUAACAGUCCGUAGUGGCUAAGUUUGCCGCACAGUACUGGCAGUAACCAUCCCAGGCAUCCCAUUAAACUGAAACCCUACAACCAGCACCAAGUCUUAUCACACGGUGAUGCAAUGUAUCACGCAAUAUACAAAAAGCCUUUGCACUUCUUGUGUCAGACAUGAGCCCAGUACCUUGGAAAUUAACUCGUAAUAAAAUCGCCAUGUUAUAUAGGCAAGCCUUGAAAUGUCCAGCUGUAACGUGCCUGAUAAUUCUAAGCCGCUAUGUUCCCAAACUACUUUUACCGCAUCCAACAAUUCCUGACUCCACAAUCUUUAUCUGUGGUUAUGUAAUCAAUUUAGCUGGUACAUUAAUGCUGAGGGGACACGUACAUUCUUAAUUUCACAGUGAAUGAUUGGUUUUCUUUCCCUGCACACCUAGGAAGAGAGAGGAACUCGUGACCUCUCUCCCCUAUAAAUUUGUUGGCCUGCCUGGAAGGCUUGAAGCCUGUUCGUUGUAGCCUUUGUAGCAUCUGAUGACUGUCUAGUAGAGGUUUAACCCCUGCCAGUCGUAGAUUCACACGGCUCCUGUUUUUCCCUCAAGGCACUGUCAUAAAAUUCCCCUCUCCAUUGUCUUGUAAUGGGAAUGUGGAAAGAAUGCGACCAGGUUAACAGAUACACAAUCCACCUCUUUAAAAGCCGAGUUUGACAGUGUAUAAGAGUGUAUUAAGGGUGCCGAGGUAUGAGACACUGUUAAACUCUUGUAAAUGAUGUUUGCUAUAGUCUAUACACGUUGUUCUUGAAAAUCAGCUAAGACACAAUAUCCACACAAGAGACUGUUUAAUUCAAAGCUUAGUUUCCUGGACGCACAAUAUCCAGGGCCAGCUGUGCAGCCCGUUACCUGCUCGUGCCAUCAUUAAAUAAAGUGUUAAUAAAUGAAUAAAUAUAUAUUGUUGGAACUUGUGUCAGUGAUUGCAAACGUUGGACAAAUUACUCUCUUUGGAUAGAUAGCACUACUGUGCCUUUAAACAGUGACAUAGCCCACCGCCAUGUUAUCCAAGCAGUGCUUAGCUGUCUCUGGGAGAGGCAAGCCGAUUCCCGGCCGGGGUCUCCAGUCUAUGUGUAACGACACCCCAGGGCAUAAAAGGGUUAAACCUCCAUUUAGUAGAUCUUCCCUUACAGAGACACAGGCACAGCUACUGCAGAACACCAAUCCGCUGAACAGGAAAAGCAUAUGAAUGCCGUAAACAGCCGAACCGGAACCAUAUGAAUGCUGUAAACAGCUCAAUAGGAAAAACCAUACAAAUAGGUUUACACUCCUAGCAGUCACACUGGAACAGCAUACAAUAAAUCCCCCCAAGAACGAGACAAGGCUCCGUUUUGAGGGUCAAGCAGGAACAGACAGAGCUGUGGGUUUAUUGUUCUUAUAUACACAUUAGUACCACCCACAGGGUUUUGAAAAACAACCAAUAAACACAUACAAUACCUAGACACUCCCACACAAAAUCCUCCCCUCUGUCUGUGAUACAAUUACCUUAAACAAUGAGUAAUGUAAUUAUCACCGGCAGAGAAAUACAGUUUUUCCACAUUAUUCAUAACUUUAAAAGUAUGCAUCACAUUCACAUAAAACUUACAUUUUCAGAAUCUGCAUACUCCAAAUACAAACAUACGUCAAAAUUGGUACGUCAUACAAAUUGGUCCAGUGGUUCAAAAGAUAGAUCGUAGUCCUUUGUGACCAAAUGAAGCAUGGCUUUUCUGCCCAGAACCAGUUCCACAGAGUGUUCUAUCCUGGAGAUAAAUGGGAAGUAAUCCAAUUAUCUCCAAGGAAAGGCAAAACUCCAUUGAACACAAGGCAGCAAAAAGACAGUAAAAUACAAUAAAACACACAAGGUUACAUUUAUGACAUAAAAUACAGACAUGCAACAUAUGCCCAGAUAGCUUAGGUCUGAGCGCACAUUAUUACUCAAUGGCGCUCAGACAACACACAUACAGUUCAAUUGCCAUGGAGCCAAAGUCUUUCCCAUAGUCUUUCAUUAUACGAAUGGGCUCCAUGGCAAAGCUAUCUGGGGUAUCACUGCUCAAACAGGGUAAGCACCAAAUGACCCGGCUUUCAUGUCUUUGCAGGGGAAAAUCAAGCCUUUUAACAUGGGGCCAUAAUCCAAAGGCAACAGGCGGGCAACCAGGCUCCUCCAAUGCACAGUGGCGAGAUUGGUCUCGUCACACUAUGUUCUGUGUGCCGCAUUUUACUGCUUCUUACAUCCUAUAGGGCAGCGUGAUAAUGCAUCUUUCUCUCUCUCUCUCUCUCUCUCUCUCUCCCUGGCUAGGUUUACAGUGCGGACGGAGAGUUCCUCUUUAAAUUUGGUUCCCAUGGGGAAGGGAACGGACAGUUUAAUGCCCCCACAGGAGUUGCGGUGGAUUCCAAUGGAAACAUUAUAGUGGCUGACUGGGGCAAUAGCAGAAUCCAGGUAUGUAGGAGGGCAGAAUUUAGGCAAUGAAUUGAAGGUCUAAUUAAUGUUGGGUAAAGGGUAUAUUAGAAUUUGCUGUUCAUGGAGGUGAAAUUAGGAGCAUUGGAUGAUAUCAUUGGUGGAGGGGUGGAAUGGAGAUGCAAAUAGCAAUAGGGAGGAGGAAAUUUGAAAGGGGAACAGUGAGGGGGCGGGGGAUUGCCAAUAGUUGGGGGAAGGUGGAUAGCGUGGGGGAUGUAGGGGAGUGGGGGGAGGGUUGAAUGGGAAGGUGGAUGGGGGCAGGGAGGAAAAAAAGUGGAUAAUGGGGAGGACAGGGGAGGAAGGUAGAUAUCAUGGGGGACUGAAUGGUAAGGGGAUAGUGUGGGGGCAGGGGAGGAAUGGUAAGGUGGAUAGUGUGGGGGGCAGGGAGGAAUGGUAGGUGGAUAGUGUGGGGGCAGGGGAGGAAUGGUAAGUGUGGGUGUGGGGGCAGGAGGAAUGGUGGUGGAAGGCAUGGCGUGGGGGCUGGGGGGAAGGUGGAUAGUGUGGAGGGCAGGAAAGAAAUAGGAAGGUGGAUGGCGUGGGGGCUGGGGAGGGAAGGUGGAUGGUGUGGGGGCUGGGAAUGGGAAGGUGGAUAGCGUGGGGGGCUGGGAGGAAUGGGAAGGUGGAUAGGCGUGGGGGGCUGGGGAGGAAUGGGAAGGUGGAUAGCGCCAAGGUGGGGCGGGGCUGGGGAGGAAUGGGAAGGUGGAUAGCGUGGGGGGCUGGGGAGGAAUGGGAAGGUGGAUAGCGUGGGGGGCUGGGGAGGAAUGGGAAGGUGGAUAGCGUGGGGGGCUGGGGAGGAAUGGGAAGGUGGAUAGAAUGGGGAGGACGGGAGGAAUGGGAAGGUGGAUAGCAUGGGGAGGACGGGAGGAAUGGGAAGGUGGAGAAUCGCAUAAUCAGAAUGAUAAAAUGAAUUGAAGCCAGAUGCAGUGUAUAUCUUCUACAGGCUAUAUAAUAAGAUUAGAGGCCCCGUUCUCUACGUAGUUUUGACACAUUAUUUGUUCUGACAGGAUAUAAUUUACAGUAUUAUCCUCAUAAAAUCUGUGCGUUAUAGUGACAUUUAUAUUCUAUUUUUUAAUAAUUGGAGAACUUAACACAAAAUUUCCCUCCAGCAUUUCUGCCAGUAUGUUGCGUUUGGUAAGAGCCAAUAUUCAUUUUUUGUGCAAUGUUAUUCAGUUUCAAUAAAAGGGGAUCGUUCGACUUCUCUUACUGUUUAUAUCACUAUCUGUAUGUAUCCAUGUCACUCAUUUAAAUGAUUAUCUCUACACCCUCAGUUCCCAUUGUGAGGGUCUCACCCCCCUAUUCCUCUGUGUGGGCUUAUUCCCCCCAUCCUUUGUGUGUGCUGCUUAUUCCCUUCCCCAUCCUUUGUGUGUGUAUUCCCCACCCCAUCCUUUGUGUGUGCUUAUUUCCCCAUCCUUGUGUGUGCUUAUUCCCCACCCCCAUCCUUGUGUGUGUGCUUAUUCCCCCACCCCCAUCCUUUGUGUGUGCUUAUUCCCCCACCCCAUCCUCUGUGUGGGCUUCCCCACCCCCAUCCUCUGUGUGGGCUUAUUCCCCCACCCCUCAAUCCUCUGUGUGGGCUUAUUCCCCCACCCCCCCAAUCCCCAUCCAUGGCCUAUUCCCAUGUGUGGGUCUGUUCCCCUCCCCUGGCCUAUUCCUCUGUGUGGGUCUGUUCCCCUCCCCUGGCCUAUUCCUCUGUGUGGGUCUGUUCCCCUCCCCUGGCCUAUUCCUCUGUGUGGGUCUGUUCCCCUCCCCUGGCCUAUUCCUCUGUGUGGGUCUGUUCCCCUCCCCUGGCCUAUUCCUCUGUGUGGGUCUGUUCCCCUCCCCUGGCCUAUUCCUCUGUGUGGGUCUGUUCCCCUCCCCUGGCCUAUUCCUCUGUGUGCGUCUGUUCCCCUACCCUGGCCUAUUUCCCUCUCUGGCCCUUCCCCACCCCAAUAUAAAGCUCAUGUCUGUGUUUGUUUCUUUCUCUCCCUUUCGGUAUAGACCUUCACUCUCCUCAUGUAGUGGGGUAUAGACCUUCACUCUCCUUGACCGCACUCUUUUUUUUUUUUUUCCUCAUUAUUCCUUUUUUCCCCUCCCCUCUCUCCUCACCUUGUUCUGUACCGGGUCACUUUGUUUCCUCUUUCCCUGUAUAUUUCAGGUGUUUGACAGCUCUGGCUCCUUCUUGUCCUAUAUAAAUACCAUGGCAGACCCCCUGUAUGGGCCCCAGGGUUUGGCACUCACCUCUGACGGGCAUGUUGUGGUAGCAGAUUCCGGGAAUCACUGCUUCAAGGUUUACCGCUACCUCCAGUGAUUUGGGGGAGACCGAGAAAGUCCAGCCAGCAUUCUCCUUGCUCUUCUCCUUCUAAUGACGUUCUAUGUCCGCCUGCUCCUGUAUUCAGCCUGAAGUGAUGUUUCCUUCUUGUCUUCUGCAAACCAGCCGUGCCAACUCAGCUCAUCCUAUUGCCAGAUACAAAGUAUACCCAGCUGUACAAUAUGCCUGAUGUGCCAGGGGAUUUCACUCUUUGGAUCUGUACCCACUGCUGCCCAGCUGUUUGUGGAUAGUUUAGCAUUGUCUAGUUGUAUUUGUGACCUUUCUGCCCUACCUUACUCCAUAUAUACCGCCUACCCGCCCAGCAGCUGCCCUCUUACCUCGCUUUGAGUGCCCUCUAGCUUCUGGCGUUAGUAAUGCAGGAGUGUUAUGCCAUCACCAGCCCAGCAGAGCACAUUGGAGCCUGCUGAAUGUCUCUGGUGACGGAUGGUGAGUGCACUUUAACCCUGUAUUGUCAUAGCUUGUUUACAGACUAAGCUCCGCACUCCUGUCAUUGAAUCCAUGGCAUAGAUAGUGGCGGUGGUGAUUACGUCGUAUGGAUUCCUUUGACUCUUUUACCAGUCCCCAUAUGGACCUUUCUAACUGAGAGGCCUGAGAAGAACCUGUAAACAUUGUCCUCCGCGAGGGUUGGCCCUUACACUGGCACUGAUUGGAUGAUACCCUUGUACGCUGGCACCAAUUGCUUACUUUUCACUGAUUUAUACACAGGGUAUGAAGAUGUCCCUCACUAUAUUCUUAGUAAUAACAAUUUAAUCUUGGUCUAAACCCCUAAUCAGGUGCAGAGUCUUACAGGGACAGAUUUAAUGUGAUGAGAGAGAUGGGUGUUGGGGACUAUAUGUAUCUUCCAAUGGGAGCCCCAGAAUCUCCCCAACAUAACACAAGGAGUUUAUAUAAAUAUAUCUUCCCAAAGAAAUCACAGGGAGUCCUAUUUGGGGGCCAAGUAUCACAGGGUGUCCUUUAUGGGGGCUAGAGUCACAGGUAUCCUUUGGAGAGCUGCACUUUAUUUAAUUUUAAUUUGUUGUUUAUUUUAAUGUGUCUUAUUUGCUCCAUGGCAGCACAUUGCAGGGAAGUGUCUGUAGAUGACGCAGAGCAUUGUGGCAUUUUACAAAACUUUUUGUGCCAAAUUCUGCUCAGCAGUGACCAUGCCGUCUCCGUAUGGAGUUUCACAGAAGAAUUUACUCCAGAAAUUCUGGGAUUCAUUAUGGAGUCCGCUCAUUGGUUGUACCGAUAAUGGUUUGUUUUAUUUUUAUAUAUUUUUUUUUAUUUUGAUCAUUAAUUUUGCUGUUAUUUUGUACACUGUUUGACAUUUGACAUUUGAUGUCAUGAAUGUAAUUUCCACUCCUUGCAUCAUGCCACGGUCAGAUGCCUGGGACUGAAACGGUGCAGGAGGGGAAUUUAAGUUAUUGCAGCACAAGUUUGGGCUUUAUUUAGAGGUGGAACCUGCUAGGUGAAGGGACAGUGAAAGUGAAGAGAGACCAAUGGCAUGAGGGAGGGGUGUGCUUGAUUUUGGCAGACACAAGGCAAGCUAGUGAUGGGGGGUGCUGGAUCCUGAUGAAAGGAAAAGUAGCGGGAUAGAGUAGGAGGAGUUUGGGAGCGAUCUAGUAGAAGGCAACGCUGGGCCACAGUGCGUUGUGCGAUUGUGACUGCUAGUAGAAGUGGGCACUGGGAUUCAGUGGAGGAGAUUGGGAGCGAUCUAGUAGAAGGCAACGCUGGGCCACAGUGCGUUGUGCGAUUGUGAUGGCUAGUAGAAAUGGGCACUGGGAUUCAGUGGAGGAGAUUGGGAGCGAUCUAGUAGAAGGCAACACUGGGCCACAGUGCGUUGUGCGAUUGUGAUGGCUAGUAGAAAUGGGCACUGGGAUUCAGUGGAGGAGAUUGGGAGCGAUCUAGUAGAAGGCAACGCUGGGCCACAGUGCGUUGUGCGAUUGUGAUGGCUAGUAGAAAUGGGCACUGGGAUUCAGUGGAGGAGAUUGGGAGCGAUCUAGUAGAAGGCAACACUGGGCCACAGUGCCUUGAGAGAUUGACUGCUAGUAGAAGUGGGCACUGGGAUUCAGCAGAGGAGAUUGGGAGCGCUCUAAUAGAAGGCAAUGCUGGGCCACAGUGCCAGAUGGGAUUGUGACUGCUAGUAGAAGUGGGCACUGGGAUUCAGUGGAGGAGAUUGGGAGCGCUCUAAUAGAAGGCAAUGCUGGGCCACAGUGCCAGAUGGGAUUGUGACUGCUAGUAGAAGUGGCCACUGGGAUUCAGUGGAGGAGAUUGGGAACAAUCUAGUAGAAGGCAACGCUGGGCCACAGUGCGUUGUGCGAUUGUGAUGGCUAGUAGAAGUGGGCACUGGGAUCCAGCGGAUGAUUGGGAGCGAGCUAGUAGAAGGCAAUGUUGGCUCCCUGUGCCAGAUAGGAUUAGGACACAUGGUCCUAGGGGAGGAUUUAGUAGAAAGCACGGUUGAGCUGAUGGAGUUAGGAGGUACUGGGUCUUACAGAGCAGUAGAAAUGGGAGAAUAGCUGAAGGUAAUGUUAGAGGGAAGUAUUGAUGGGUGGUUGGUACUAUACCUUGUGCUAGUAGUAGAGAGGACAGAUUGAGGAUGAGUGAGGUCCAGUUGUAGCCAGAUGAAUGGAUACUAGAUGGAGAUAAACUUCACUUCCUGCCUUGGACCGAAACUGCAGCGAUGGAGAAUGAUGUACCGUGUCUAACAAAGUAAAAUAAAAUUGCAUCUGACCUACCUGCUCCAGCCAUGUAUCUUUCUCCGUGAAAUAUCUAAAUGCAGUUACUAAUUGUGGCCACUAGGCUGCACAUUGUGUACAUGUAAUUGUAUGAAAUGCAG